CCCAAUUUAAAAAGUAUCUAGAGCGAAUUGAAGAUCCUAAUUAUCAAGGUGGUUCAUGGGCUUUGCCCGAGAAUCCAACUACUUCUGAAAAAACCAAAUAUGAACUCUGUGAAAAAGUAAUCAAAUAUAAACGGAAUCAUAAGUUUACUACUGAGAAAUUAGCCCAAAAACUUCAACUAAGUAAAGCCGAAACCGAAGAUAUUCUUUAUUGUCGAAUUGAUUACCUAACCUUAGACCGUUUACUAGCUUAUACUGACAAGUUAUUUGCUCCUGCUCAGAAAGUUUGUGAACAUGAUUGUCAACUAAUUUUCAAUGAGUUAGCAAUCACCAAAAUAACUAUUACUGAUUACUACCAAACUAAACCGGGACGGAAAAUGAUUACCCAUGAAUUAAUUGUGGAAUUAAUCAAAACCUUAGAUGGUCGUCAAGCCGAACCUGAACCUAAAAAAAACCCUCACGACAGAGAAGUCUUUGUAAGGAAUAGAAUCCUUUAUAAGACAAAAAAACAAUACAUAAAAAUCAUGGGAUACAAAGCCGAAGAAAUAGAAAGAAAAUUCAGAAGCUUAGCACACAACUUAAAGGAAGAUUGUCAACUUCUUGCGAAAUUCUUUGACAAGAUUACUGAGUUGAAAAAUGCUAAGAGCAAGAUUACAAGGUUUGAGUCCCAAACAGAAUUUGAAGAAAACAAACGGAAAUUAACUAGACAAUGUCAAGAAGCGAUAAAUGGUUUGCAAAUAAGAACUGGCUCUUCUACCUCCAUCGGUGGUGUUUGCCUUAUUUGGGCUGAUUAUGCUGACCAUCUAGAUGGACUAAUAAGUGCUUUUCGUAGAGACCUAGAAAGUUUAAACGGAGAGAUAGAUAGAAUUCCUUACGAUGUAGGGAAAAAAUUAAAGAAAUUGAAAAUCGAGGAACAAAACCUCAAAAGAACGAUUGAAGAAAAUCUUAAAAGAGCCAACUCAGAGAAAGAUCCUGAUAAGAAAAGAAAGUUAUUGAUUUUAGUAGAUGAAGAUAAAAAGAAACUUCAGACAAACUAUGAAGAACAGAAGAAAAUCAGAAUAGGAGAAAAUUUUGAUCCUGAUAAAAGUAUCGAUGAAUUUAUCAACGGAAUAGAAGAUAAAUUGGCAGGUAGAAAUAGACCUUCACGAAAUCCCAGAACUCCAAACAUUGAUCCAACUGGUUCUGGUGGAGGUUCUGGUUCUAGAACAGGUGGUGACACCAGUAAUCCUCUUGAUCCUUUCCAAACCAACCCUAAUUCUAACCCCAAUCAAAAUCCCUUUCAAAACAAGCAAUUAAUUAUUUUUGCUGGAAUAGCAGUCUUAAAGAAAACUAUUAUUACGACUUCUAAAACUAUGACUAAUCCCCAAGACCUAAAAAAUAAACUCGGUGAAUACACUAAAGAACUAGAACAAAAACUUGAACCUUGGCAAAGGGGAACCUUAAUUCUAGCCUUAAUCACUCUUCUUCUAAUCUCUAUUUACUUACUCACUAAAAAAGAACCUCCUCAACCAAGGGAACUCACGGACACUGAACGCAAAAGAAUAGAAGCAAUUGCGGAAGAACGCAUUCUUAAAAGAGCCGAAUUCCUAAAUCGACUAAGAAAAUAA